UGUUUGGUGGACCAGUCUGUGGGGGCACGCUUCUUCGCUUUUGCAUGUGCCUCAACCACUCCUAGAGCAAAGAAACGCGGCUUUGGACCCCUUCCCAUUCUUAUAAAUAACCACCUGCACUUGCAUACUGAAAACAAGUUUCCUGUGAAUUUAAUACGUCCUAAUAUGGUUACCUACAAAGUUCUUUGUUCAGUUUUCUUUGCUUUGUUAGGUUUGGGCAUAUGUACUGCUACUAGAGCCCUUCUUAAUCUUGAAGAAAUACCUGGUCAUAUUCCAGUUGCUGGCUAUGGAACCGGCCAUGGUGCUACUGGUGGUGGUGGUGGUGUUGAGGGUUAUGGUGGAGGGGGUGGGGGCGGGGGGGGGGGGGGGUCGGGGGGUGGGGGGGGCGCUGUAGGUGAGCAUGGUGCAGGCUAUGGAGGUGGAGGUGGAGAAGGUGGUGGAGUUGGCUAUGGUGGUGGUGGUGCUGGUGGUGCUGGUGCUGGUGGUGGAGCUGGUUAUGGUGUUGGAGGUGACCACGGUGCAGGGUAUGGAAGUGGUGGUGGAAGUGGACAAGGUGGUGGUGUUGGCUAUGGUGCUGCUGGUGGGCAUGGUGGAGGUGGUGGAAGUGGUGGUGGAGGAGGAGCUGGUUAUGGUGCUGGUGGUGACCACGGUGCAGGAUAUGGAAGUGGUGGUGGAAGUGGAGAAGGUGGUGGAGCUGGAUAUGGUGCUCCUGCUGGACAUGGUGGAGGUGGUGGAGCUGGAUAUGGUGCUGCUUCUGGACAUGGAGGUGGUGGAAGUGGUGGUGGAGGAGGAGCUGGUUAUGGUGCUGGUGGUGACCACGGUGCAGGAUAUGGAAGUGGUGGUGGAAGUGGAGAAGGUGGUGGAGCUGGAUAUGGUGCUGGUGGUGGAGGAGGAGGGGGUAGCGGUGGGGGAUAUGGUGGAAAAGGUGGUGGUGCUGGGGGUGGAUAUGGUGCUGGUGGAGAACAUGGUGGAGGCUAUGGAGGUGGGGGUGGAAGCGGUGGAGGUGGAAGCGGUGGAGGUGGUGGAGGCGGCUAUGCGACUGGAGGGGCACACGGAGGCGGAUAUGGUGGAGGAGAAGGUGGUGGUCAUGGUGGUGGUGGUGCCGAAGAUGGCCAUGCUGGUGGUGGCGGCGGCGGCUUUGGAGGAGGUGGUGGUGCUGGUUAUGGUGCUGGUAGUGAGCAUGGAGUUGGGUCCGGAGGCGGUGGAGGCCACGGUGCUGGUGGCUAUGCUCCUUGAGAAUGGAACUCGUUAUUACACCAACCUUAAGAAAAAUUUACCCGUCCGUUGUGGUGCGAGAAAUAAGAGUAAUCUGGUUAAGAAUAUGUUAAUAUCUACUAAUAUAUAAUUAACAUGAAGAUUGUUACUCAUGCACUUCGUAUUUUGUAUCAGAUUUUUAAGUAAUAUAAAUUCUUCUUUAUCGAUCGGUUUUA